AUGGAUAAGGAUAGUUCCAGUUCCAGUGAUUCUGAUGAAGAAUCUAAAACAAAAAAGCCAAAGCACCCUAAACCAUCCGUCCCUUUUUUACAAGCUCAAACAGAGUUUAUGGCUGCCAUCGCGCCUACAGUUAAAAUUCAGGAUGAACGCUUCGUUGACCUCACUACAACUCCUGCUUUUAAGUGUCUAGAUGAGUUAUUUGCUGCUGGAAAAAUACCUGGGACCAGAAUGGCUGAGUUGAAAGCAAAGUAUACUUUACUGCAUGAUAUUGUGGCAAGCACCCAAGAGUCUGAGCUCCAACUGCUGCAGGAUGCCAAAAGAUUCACUAUGGAGAUAGCACAGCAACAACACCACCUGGAGAAUGCCGAUAAGUUUCCGGAUGGAAUUAGCUCUGAAGUCUCCAAGAUGAGAGAACAGUUUCUUAAGUAUCAAAAUGAAUAUAAUGCAGCAAAAGAGAGAGAGUUCCACACACAGUAUAGGCUGAGUAGCUUAAAAGAAGAAAAAAUGCUUAUACAAAAGGAAUUUGAGAAGAUACCUAAACCUGGAGAAAUGGAGAAGAAGGUGAAAGUAUUGAAAGAAAAUUGUGAAGACUUACGUAAAGAAAUAAUCCAAAAGAAACUAGAAAUUAAAAACUUAAAGGAAGAUCUGCAAUACAAGACGAAACUGUCACUAAAGAAUGAAAAAGAACUAAAUGAAUUAUUAGAAGAAGAAGAUAACUUGAAGGAUGAAGUGGUCCGCCAUCAAAACAUCCCUUUGCAAAUUGGAAAAGAAAUAGAAAAAAUAUACCGAAAACUAUUAGAAACCGAGAAGAAAAGAGCAGUUUUGGUAGACCAAGUAAAUGAAAUAAGUGAAACACUCAAGAAAUCAGAAACCAAAGUUAAUAGUUUAUUGACAGAGAAGGAGGAGGUGAUAAAAGAAGUGGAAGGGAAGAGAGCCCUACUGGAAAUCAAAGAAAGAGAAUUCAGCCAACUGUCAAAAUUAUUGGAAUUAAGCAAAGAGAAUGAAGCCAGUUUACUGACUGAAAGAGGGAUUGUGGAGCUCAACUUGCGUAAUUGCCUCAUUGACAAGCAUAAUUUUCACGACGAGGUCACUCGAAAGCAGAGAGAGAAAGAUCGGGACAUCAGAAAUUUAAAAAAGAUGGAGGUGCUCUUGAAAGUGAGCAUGGAUUCACUGGCUCAAAUUCAGACACAGCAUCAGCGACUCACAUUAGAGAUGGAAGGCAUUCCUAAAGAUGAUUCGUUAGUUGUGGGGAGGAGAAGAGACCUCCAAAAAGAGGUUGAAUUAGCUAAAAGGAACUUGGCCCAGCAGAAAAUCCUAACAGAUGUGGAGACUCGAUUAUUAGAACAAUUCAUUGCAGAAGAAAGCAAGCUUUUUAAGGAGCAGGAGUUCUUCCGAGAACAAUUAGAUAAUCUUAACCGUCUACAACAAAUCAAAACAGAAGAGAAAGUAAAGAAAGCCAAAGAUUACAUAAAAGCUCAGCAAAGACUUACCAACAUCAUUAAAGAAAUGAAAUCAAAGGAUGUUGAACUCAGGAUAUAUAAGAAGAAAAAACAUGAAAUUUAUCGAAGACUAAAGGACUUUUCCAAAUUGUAUGACACCAUACGAAAUGAAAGGAACAAAUUUGUGAACUUACUUCAUACUACUCACCAGAGAGUCUAUGAAAUAAAAGAAAAGGUCAAAAUGUCGAUCAAUGAAAUGGAAAUUUUAAGGAAUAGCUCAGCCAUUCAAGACAGAAAACUACAGAAUUCCCUGCUGAAACGCUCCAACAACCUUACAAUCAAAGAGAGCAUGGAAAAUGAUGUGUGCAAAGUUAUAGCAGUACUUCAAGAAAGGAGAGAGAAGAAAGAAGAACAGUUGAACAAUAUUGAAAGGCUUGCCAAUGUGGUCACAUUCAUUGAGGAAGAGAUGGUACAGCUCCGGAAAAAAUAUGAGAAAGCUGUUCAGAGUCGAAAUGAGAGUGGUGUUUUGCUGAUUGAACGGGAGGAAGAGGUGUGUAUUUUCUAUGAGAAAAUAAACAUUCAAGAGAUGAUGAAGAGAAAUGGAGAUAUUGAGUUACAUAUAUUGGAAGAAAAACUCAGAUUUCUGAAGCUGAAAAUUGCUGAGAGGCAAAGAAAGAUUUAUAUGUCCCAGAAAAUGUUGCCACUGAAGAGAACUUUGGACAUGGAAAUAGCGGUCCUCCAGAUUCAGUUCUCACAGUGUACAGACAGAAUAAACUAUUUGGAGAAAAAAUUUAUAAGUCCUGGUGGAGAGAACAGAACUCGCUUCCUGGGAGGAAAAGAUCUGACUCUGAAGGAAAUGAUCAGCAAGAUAGAUGAGCUGGAAUUCCAUCUGGCAGAGAAAGAGGAGAAGCUGCUGGAGAAGGAGUUCAUCUCUGAACAGAUCACCCGGCUCACAGAUAGACUCCGCACUAGAACUCAGAACUGCAAGCAGGAUACGUUGCUCUUGGCCAAAAAGAUGAAUGAGUAUCAGAGGAAAAUAAAAGACUCUACCCACAAAAUGAUGGCCCUUGUGGCCGAGCUGUCCAUGCAGCAAGCUCUUACUCUUGAACUACAAAAGGAAGUCAGGGACAAACAAGAGUUCCUUACAAAUUGCAAUGAAAGGCUAGACCAAGGGCUGCCACUCAACAAAGAAAUUGAGGAAGACUGGCUGAAGGUGCUGCGAAAUGAAGACGUGCAUCAGUUAGCUGCCGCAGAACGGGCAAUGAUUGCCUUGGAAGAGAAAAACAACAUGCUGCCUUCUGGGGUUUACACGACAGCGAUUCAGCGCCCAAAUGCCUACAUCCCAGACGCAGAAGCCACAUUGCCCCUACCCCGGCCUUAUGGCCGAGCUCCUCCAUUCAAGCCAUCUGAGCCUGGCUCCAAUAUGAGGCAUAUAAGAAAGCCUACUAUAAAACCAAUUGAAAUUUGAAUAUGUGAACAAGAAAAGGCCCCAAGACUAAGUUUCCUAAUGACUUCAAACAGGCUUCCAUUAAACCCACAGCUGGAAAACUAUGA